AUGAAUCGUGUCUUCCGUACACGUGGCGUUGUCUUAUUGGACCGUCUGCAAAAAUCUUCAUCACUGUGGGGAAGAAAACGCUCUCUUCCCGUCGUCAGGCUGUUGUCGUCGGAGCUUCUCCUCUUCCGAUUUCGAUUCUGUCGUCUCUCUCUCUCACCGUCUCUCGCAAUUCACCCUCUGGCAAACCGAACCACAAACGGCGAUUCAUCUCUCUUGGCCGUCGUGAUCUCUCCUUGUAGCUACUGCAUGUCGAUUCAGUCAAAUAGAUAUGCUUCCCAAGAGGUUCAGGUACUCGUGUUUAUCCUUUCUGUGGUUGCUAUAUGUGGUUGCUCCUUCUGUGAUUUGUGUAUUGGCUAA